GAUGCCACGGCGCUCUUGCCGCGCCAGCCGCCUCCCAGGCCCCAGCCUGGCCCCGCCACGGGCGACGUCCUGUAGGAGGUCAUGGCCAUCACCGACCAGAGCCUGGACGAAGCGCAGGCCAGGUGCCACGUGGGUUCGAGGGGCGUCGCAGGCUCCCGGGGCCGGGGCCUGGACCAGGCCGAACCUUCUUCUUCUACUGAGUCAACUUCUUCAAGACCAGCAGAUGCUGUCUCCAGCUGCUCAGGUGGAAUCAUAUAUAAGAAAGCACACUCCAAAUUGCCAUCAGAUGAAGCCCACUCUCUUCAGUGUGUUCUGUGAGAUCAAGGAAAAGACAGUGUUAAGCAUUCAUGGCAUUCAGGAAGAGGACCCCCCUAACGCUCAGCUCAGGAGGCUAGAUAACAUGCUGCUGGCUGGGGGCGUCUCCAGGCCAGAGAGGAGAGGAAGAGGAGGACGGGCGGUGGCUGGCGCAGCGACACCAGGUGGCUGUCCAAAGGACAAUAGCAUUGCUUUGUCUGACUACAGGGCCAAGCUGUCCCAGAGCCGACAGAUACACCACUCAGAGCUAGAGAAAUAUGAACAAGCCUGCUGUGAGUUUACCACUCAUGUCACCAACCUCCUCCAGGAGCACAGCAGGACGCGGCCUGCCUCCCCCAGGAUUGAGCACAUGGUCGGUGUCAUCCACGGCAAGUUGAGCACCAUUCAGAUGCAGCUGGAGCAGAGAACCUGCGAGGCUGUGAUGACCCUGCACUUGGGGUUCCUCACAUCCAUGCGUAGGCAGAGGAAUUUUAGCAAGCAGGCCACAGAAGUGCUCAAUGAGUAUUUUUAUUCCCAUUUGAGCAAUGCUUAUCCCAGUGAAGAAGCCAAAGAAGAGUUGGCCAAGGAGGGUGGCAUCACGGUCUCCCAGGUGAUGGUCCUCCCCUGCUGCGCCUCCCUCCUGCCAGCUGUACUUGGGAGGGGAGGACAGUUAAGUCCAAUGAGGGCACCCAGGGAUUAACUAAAUGGGUGGACAGAUAGGGCAGUAGCCAAGUGUCCAGGCUCAGAGUCAGCCAGGCUGGGCUGAGAUCCUGGCACCGCGCUAUGAGUUGUGGGCUCCAGUAGGUGCUCUUGUCCACAGUCUGUGAGACAGGGAUAGAGGCAAGUGCGUGGACCAGGAGACCUCGAGUAAG